GAGUGUAUGUGAACUAUGCAUCACACACAUGAGUAAAGAGGUGGACUGAGGAGCUGUGUGUGUGGAGAGCGCUGAGAAGUCUCUUUCUGAUCCGGACAGAGUUAUGUACUGUGCUCAUCCUGCCUCCGGGACAGGCAACAACUCCUUGAUGUACUGCUACAACAUGAAACCAGUUUAUGGGCAGCCUCCCAGCUCUGAUGGCAUCAACCACAACUCAUCUUCACACUCAACAAGCAAGGUUCCCAGCAAUGUGUUUGCAAGCACCUUUUUUGAGGGGAUGAGCAACUCACAGGACAUCUGGAACGCCGUAAACGGGCUGAACCAGCAGGGCUAUGAAGGCGCGCUGGGCGCCUCUGUGGGCCACCAAACACAGCUGGGGAGCUACAGCAGCCUGCAGCCGGCACGCACUAACCUGGAUUUCUCCCCACAUUCGGUGCUGGCGGCUGAGAUGAACAGGGGUCUGCCACCGAUGUCCACCUUUCACCGCAACAACACCGUAUCUCGCUCUCCCUCUGACAACCCCUCAGAGAAUCCAGCCGUCUCAGGAAGCCACGUAAAUGUGUCAGGAGGGUCACAGACAGGCGACACCUUGGGAAAAGCCCUGGCCUCUAUUUAUUCCCCCGAUCACACGAGCAACAGCUUCCCCUCCAGCUCCUCCACACCAGCGAGAUCCCCGUCCCCGCUGCCGAACCCGACCGAAUCUACAGGGAACAACCUGUGGCCCCGCAGUUCUGUUCAGCCACCGGCGUCGCCACACUUUGAGUCCUCGCUCAUAUCGCUGUCUCAGGUGGAGGACCGCCUGGACAGACUGGAUGACGUGAUCCACGUUCUGAGGAACCACGCCGUGGGGCCCACCUCCUGCCUGCCCAACGACAUCCACGGCUUGCUCAGCCAGUCCCACCACAGCCACCCGGGCGCUGCCGGCACCAUACCGCUCGCCUGUCACACUCCAGCCAUGGUCGAAGCUGUCUCCAUGAACAACAAUCACUCAGCCUUCCAGAGCAGAACACAAAACGGCCAUCCAUACCCACCCAGACAGAGGCCGGCCUUCGUCCAAGGGGCAGGAGGAGGUGGUUUGGGAGUUCAGAGUAACCUGGAGCUAAAGAUGGAAAGCAGGGAAGGGGAGGAGAUGAUGCACACCAACCACGACCGUGACUCUGACAGCCCGAGAUCAGACGAGGAGGCCGAACACAAAACGCACGGAGAAAACAGCGCGCAAAACAGCAUCCACGAGGACGAGGACCUGAGCCCAGAGCAGAAGGCUGAGCGGGAGCGGGAGAGGAGGAUGGCCAACAACGCCAGGGAGCGCCUGCGCGUGCGGGACAUCAACGAGGCCUUCAAGGAGCUGGGCCACAUGUGUCAGCUGCACCUGAAGAGCGAGAAGCCGCAGACCAAGCUGCUGGUGCUGCACCAGGCCGUGGCGGUGAUCCUUAGCCUGGAGCAGCAGGUCAGAGAGAGAAACCUGAACCCGAAGGCUGCCUGUCUACGGAGACGAGAGGAGGAGAAGGCGUCCAGCAUCAUGUCAGAUCCACAGUCUGUACAUCUCGCUUUUCAUCCAAGUCUGACGGACCCUUCCAACCCCAUGGGUCACCUCUGAGCCUCUGUCGUCGACAACUUAAAGUCUCACAUAAUGAAGUCCAGGAUGAUCCAGCUCUGUCAGAUGUCCAGCGGUCUCCCGUAAAUUUGCCCAGAGCAGCUCAGGCUCCCUGAUCAGAAAGUGUGAUGCAAUCGAACAAUCAUUUCUUCUCCUCCCAAACAGACUUUUUAUAACUUUGUGCCUAAACAUGACUCGUUACAGACAAAUGCAUUGUACGCUGCAGAUGUUUUUGUACAUAUCCGGUAGAUUUAUUGGUCAUUUUUUUCUGUUGCAACACAUCAUAAUGGACAGACUCUGGCACUGGAGUGUUUUGUGUGCAGUCUAAAAUUGGCAAACAGGUUUGUUAGUCAUAUUUUCAGUGUUGUGUGUUUAGACAACAUAUUUCUGUUUUCCUGUGGGCUCUGUGUGUGUGCAUGUGUGUGUGUGCGUGAGUGUGUGUGUUCUGCAGGGGUUGGACAUUCUGUGAAUGAACGGACCUCCAGGAAUGUUCUUUUAAAUCACACAUAGGCGUCAGAUCUCGUCUGUAAAGGUGUUUUAUAUUUCUUUAAUCCACUGCAACCAGGAUUUUACUUUCCGUACAUGUGUCGGACAUAACCCACCUUCUUCUUCUUGUAAUUAUCGCUCUACAGAUUUAGUCAAACAAACUCUGUGCAUGUUUUAAGUUUUCAAGUGAAGGCAAACAUUUUUAAAGUUGUACGUUAUCUUUUCUACAAAUAUUGUGAGCUUCAUAAUGUCAUAAUGUGCUUUUAAUUAUUAUCUUAAUAAUGAAGACUGUUUUGUGCAGUUUCCUAGACGUUACCUACGUUUUAUGCUCAGAGCAACACAGAGUUGCAAAACAAACGAUGUUUGCUCAUCUCACUGCUGAACAUGUAAUUAUAAAGAGACAUCAAGAUAAUCUGAAACUCUCUUAUCAUGACAAGUACAGGACGUGUACAGUUUGAGGUCCAGGCAUGUGAUGAUAUAAAAAUGUAGCAAUAAAUGUCUUUUUAAUAAUGUU